CUAAAGUCGACUUUGGGAUCCCUAUCGUGUUUCAUAGUCGCUGCUGCAGUACUAAAUGGGCAAAUGGUCUGUAAUCAAAACAAUAAAGUUAAAACAUUAAAACAUUGAUUGAAAUCAAUCUGAUAUGGAAAAUUAUAACAACAAAAUGUUCAAGAGAUGUGUAAAGAAAACUUCCAGUGAGCAAUUUGAUUUGCUGAAGUUAGAGAUGUCCAAACAUCCCGCUGCUGCCAUAGGUGGUUAUGGAUCAGGGACAGAGCGCAGUAAAGUUGAUGCUGAGUGGAGGGAAAUUGUGGAAAAGCUAAAUGCAAUUGGACCGCCACAUCGAACUAUGACCGAAUGGAAAAAGGUUUGGUCCGAUGUACGUUUGCGCAUUAAAAAACGCCUUAGCGAAGAGUGUUCUGGCACUAUUAGGAAAAAACGCAAAACCAAAUUAAUAAAAACCAAACAAGAAUCUGAAUCGGAAGAGGAUUAUCUUAUGGAAUCACUAAAUGAUACUAACUCGCUGUAUGCCUCUCAUUCCUAUGACAACAAUGAGGGGCAACAGCAACACAAUGAAAUGGAAGACAUUCAUGAAGCAUACAACCAAACACCCCAAGUAACAUAUUCACAUGAAGACUACAAAGAUACAUCGUCGUUAUCUUUUCUUGAAGAUCAACAUCAAUCAAAUAGCUCGGCUCACGAUGAUGAUCCAGCAAGGCGUAGUGGCAAGAGAACCACUACAAAUGCACAAUUCAAGCUUUUAAGGGCCGAGAUGAUAACACAUCCCGCGGCGGCAAUGGGUUAUGUUGCUGGAACAGAUCGUAGUAAAGUCGAUGCCGAAUGGAAGGAGAUACAGCAAAAACUUAAUGCCAUAGGACCACCAUAUCGAUCCUUGCCAGAGUGGAAAAAAGUAUGGUCUGAUGUACGACUUCGCAUUAAACGACGCCUAAACGAAGGCGGUUAUACGCAAAAAGUUCGCCAUAGAAGAAGUGAAAUUGAAGCUGAAGAGGAUCAUCUGAUGGAAGCACUUACCAAUUCUAUAUAUGCACAGCGUUCAAGUUCCGACAACAGGGACUAUGAUGAACCAGAAAUUGAUCCUAAUGAUCCAGAUAAUGUGAUAAAUACUGCCGAUGAGGAUCACAAUGAUAAUUCAUACGAUGAUUCGGAGAUGCAAAACAAUCCCCUGGAAGAAGAUGAAGUUCAAGAUAGAAAAACAUUUCACCGGCAGCUUGGUAUCUUCGCUCAACAUCCAAAUGAAUCUCAUAAUGAUCGUCACAACAAUGAAAUCAGCAGUGGUAAUCAUAUUGAAAAUACCCUCUAUACUUUACAAUCCCAAAUGGAGCAGCAUAAUAAAUUAUUGCAGCAUUUAUCGAAGAUUUCGACAACAAUGACAAGUCUAAUGGAACGUCAUAUAGCCGUUAUGGAGCGUAGAACCCAACUGAUGGAGAAUCAAAGCAAAGCUAAUGCCUUGAACGAUUAUCUACGUAGGCGGCAAGAGAAUCGCAGAAAGAUACGCGACAAAAGGUCUUUCGAAUGGUUUUGAUCUUAAAACUUAAUAACAUUCAUAAGUAGUGUUUAUUUAUUUUGUUAUUUUAUCUAUUUUUACAUAUUUUUUUUUUACUCUAUUAUGUAUAAAUUUAGUUUUAGGGACUAUAUGAAAAGUGAAUACGAUGAGAGCAUGACAUAAUUAAGGUGUAUAUUUCUCGCAAAAGUAGGAUAUAAUGUAAAGUAUAGGAAUUUAUUAAGAAAAAUAAAAACAUUUUAAACAUU